GAAUGAAAAAAUACAAAAGGUAUAGACUAAAAAAUAAUUUUUUGUGAGAGCAUGUAAGUGUGGGGGUGUGAGAACAAUAGGUGGAAUAAAAAAAAUUUUGAGGAAAAAAUGUUGUUAGGAAAAGGUUUAAAGUAAUUAGUAUAAUGGUCCCAACCUGUAGACAAGAAUGGGACAAGCUUAGAAAAAAUAGGGAGGGAUUGCAAAAAUUUCCUCUGGAUCGAGUUUCGAGUAACCUAACCCAUCUCUGUUGUAGAAAAGCAGUUUCCAUAGGAAAAUUGAGGAGAGAUUCAAGCUCUAUCUCACUUUAUUUUUGGGAUAGAUUUUGCCUAAAUCCCAUAAAAAAUACUCAAAACCGAUCCAAUAAAUGGGCUUAUUUUCCAUAUAAAUCCUAA